ACUCUAUUUGGGUGAGGCUGAUGAUAUUUGCGCUCCCGCUUAAAACUGUUCUGUUUUUUUUUUAAUUUGCUUUUCCUUUAUUUCUUUUCCUUCAUAAUGAUGUCUAUAAAGUUAGAUCCCUUCAAGAGGCGUUUAGCAUUAUCGUACUUAUACGAUUGGCUCCUUGUCGUUAUUAUGACUGCAGCCUUCUUUGCCAUUGAUCAAAUACCUCCAUUCCAUCGUCGAUUUUCAGUAGAAGACAAAACCAUUAUGUUUCCAUACACUGAACACGAAACCAUUCCUGUUUGGUUAUUAAUGGUUAUUUGUCUCUUGGUGCCUAUUUUAAUUAUUGGAUUUAUAUCGAUGAGUGGAUUUGGAUACAAGAGAAGCAUUCAUGAUUUCCAUAGUGGUGUACUCGGCCUUUGUCUUGGAUUGGCUAUGACAAUCAUGCUGACAGACGUUAUUAAAGUUACAGCAGGUAGACCAAGACCAGAUAUGUUAUCACGUUGUCAGCCACCUUUGGAUACAGUUGAUCCAGUGUUUGGCCUAUCCACUGUAGAUAUUUGCACAACAGACAUUAAUUCACACGAAAUGAUUGAUGGUUUCAAAAGUUUCCCUAGUGGACACUCAUCUUUCUCAUUUUCCGGAUUAAUGUAUUUAGCAUUUUAUAUUGCUGGUAAAAUGAAAAUGUUUGAUCAAAAAGGCCAUACAUACAAAGGAUUUUUGUUCGCUUUUCCAAUGAUUGGCGCUCUACUGGUGGCCAUCUCACGUACAGAAGAUUACCGUCACCAUUGGCACGAUGUGACAAUUGGUGCCUUAUUGGGUACUGCCUGCGCCUAUUUUGCCUACAGACAAUAUUACCCUGAAUUAUCACAAGAGUCUUGCAGAGACCCAUUUUUGGCUCGACUCGCUUAUUGUCGUAAAGGCUUUGAUGUUGAAAAUGGUGAUGGACUUACCAACACUUCAAAUAUUGCAUUAUUGGGUGCAGAAGGACAUCCCAAGCACCAUUAUACAUCCGAGGACCAUUAUAGCGAAGGAUCCGGUAGUAGUCAGAACAUAAUUCUGGAUAAUGGAAACAAUCGUAUACCACACGGAAGAGAUUAAAAAUAAAGUAUCGUAAACAUUACACUGUUAAAUGAAAUGACAGUACAUGCACCGGAAUGUACUAAGUGUGUAACAGGACUCAAAGUGUGGCUUCCAGUGUAAAGUGUGUCACUUAAGGUUCCUAACAGCCGGAAAAAAAUAUCCAUACAUCAGUCAAAGGCCUUAACAUAGGACCUUCAUUUAAACGAAAUACACAUUUGAAAUUGUAGUCUCAAAAAAAAAAGAUAGCCGUCAGUUUCCGCUUCGUGCC